GUAUACUACAUUAGUAUCCAGUCGCGAGUAUCGAGUAGCGCACGGUCCGUACACACGACAUUGAAUCGCAAGACGCGAAUUGCCUAUUCAGCCACUAUAGGCUAAACAGAUCACACUUUUACGAAAAUGUCUGAAACAAGUGAUGAUGAAACUAUAAUUUUGUACUAUUUUUAUCGGAAACAAAGAAAUCGUCGUAACAGAAGAUACUGGGUUCAUCCGUAUAUAGAGAGAAACAUAAAGUGCAGACUGUUUGUAGCUGCAAAAGAAUUACAACAAACAGAUGCGAAAUUCUUAUCAUUGUACAGGAUGUCCAAAGAGAGUUAUACACAUUUAGUGGAGUUACUUGUUCCACAUAUACACCAGAGAGAUACACACAUGAGAGAGUGUGUGAGCGCAGAGGAAAGGAUUCUAAUAACAAUCAGGUAUUUGGCAACUGGCGCAACAUCGAUUUCCUUAUAUUUUGCUCGAGGAGACUCUACAGUAUCAAGAAUAAUUGGAGAAAUAACAGCAAUCAUAUGGGAUGCCUUGAAAGAUAUUUAUAUGCCAACACCGGAUAAAAAUCAAUGGAAAAUAAUAGCACAAUAUAAUAAAUAGCAUCAUUUACUAUGGAAUUUGCCUAAUUGUUUGGGUGCUCUAGAUGGAAAGCACAUAAGAAUAGCAAGGCUACCAAACUCAGGAUCGCUUAACUUCAACUACAAGUCGUAUCAUUCAAUUGUUCUCAUGGCAUGCAGUGACGCUGAUGGCCUCUUUACAUACAUCGAAACAGGAUUUGCUGGCAGGAACAGUGAUGGUUCUAAGCACUGCGAUAAGAUGCCACGACAAUAUAAAGAUUAAUAAUAUUGUAAAAUCAGUAUGUAUUUUACACAACUAUGUUAGGAAAAGAGAAGGGCUUCCAUAUCGUGCGUAUGAAGAAAAUUCCAAUAGUACACAUGGUAUAAUACAACCUCAGCAAAUUCAAUUGAAUGCGCAAUCUUCUCCGAAUACGUUAAGAAACUAUUUAGCUAACUACUUUCUUAAACCUCAGGUAGCACUCCCAUGGCAAUAUAAUUGUAUUGUAUAAAUUUUUUUAGUCUGUUUAAAUAACAAAAUUCUGUAAAUGCAAAUAAAUAUUUUACUGGACCACACACCAUUAAGUACUGUAGCA